AUAUCUUACCGUCGUAUCGAUAGAGGAAAGGAGAAACCCAGCGUAUGAGACGAUCAGUCGGUCGGUACUGAGUACUUAGGAAAGGUGAGGCGUAAUAGGUAGUAGUAGGUAUUCAGCUAGGCGACCAAGUAAACGGGCAGGAAGGGCAGAUUAAAGGGCAGGGGAAAGACCAGAUAAAAAAGCAGAUCUAACAAGAAAAAGAAAGUCGUAAAUAAUAACGAGUCAUCAAAACUGUAAGUCAUCAAAAACGUCUGUUCAGAAUUGUAGUUGCGUUUUUGGAUUGUUGCUUACAAUACAAAAGGAAGAUAUUCGACGGACGGAUAGAAAAAAAGGCGCUGAGAGGACGCCUUAAAAGAAAGGGAAAAAGAGAAAGAGUGUAACUGCCUACACUCGAAAAAAAAAAAAAAGAAAAUACUCCGAAUAUCGCUUGGUGUAAUCGCCAAUUUUAUUGCAAAUAAAGAAAAAUGUUCCACGUGAGAAAAUUAACGAGAUCACCGAUCGGCUUGAAACAAGUACCUAGUAAUGAUGUGCUCAAAGGCACGCUCGUUCGAGCUACGGCAGCCCUGCAAAUGCGAGGUUACGCCGAUCAUCAAAUCCCUGAACGUUUAAAAGAUGUGCCGAAUGCAGCAAAUCCAAAAUUUUUUGAUAUGGUCGAGUAUUUUUUCCAUCGUGCUUGUCAAAUUGCCGAGGAUAAGCUCGUAGAAGACGUUGCCAAGCGUUCAAGGCUAACAGUUGAGGAACGUAAGAAAAAAGUCAAGGGAAUAUUAAUGCUGAUGGAACCAUGCGAUCACAUUCUUGAGACAUCUUUUCCUCUCAGACGUGAUUCCGGUGAUUACGAAAUGAUUACAGGUUAUCGAGCUCAACAUUCGACACAUCGAAUACCUUGCAAAGGAGGUAUCCGUUUUUCCAUGGAUGUUUCUCGAGAUGAGGUAAAAGCUCUAUCUGCAUUGAUGACAUUUAAAUGUGCUUGCGUGGACGUACCUUUCGGUGGUGCUAAAGCCGGAAUAAAAAUCAAUCCUAAAAAUUACUCCGAGCAUGAACUUGAGAAAAUCACAAGGAGAUUCACAUUGGAGCUUGCAAAGAAAGGAUUCAUUGGACCUGGUGUGGACGUACCUGCUCCCGAUAUGGGAACUGGAGAACGUGAAAUGUCUUGGAUAGCUGAUACCUAUGCAAAAACGAUCGGUCAUUUGGAUAUCAAUGCUCAUGCUUGUGUAACUGGUAAGCCUAUUAAUCAGGGUGGAAUUCAUGGACGGAUAUCUGCGACUGGUCGUGGAAUAUUUCAUGGAUUGGAGAAUUUUAUUAACGAAGCUAACUUUAUGAGUAUGAUCGGUACUACACCUGGAUGGGGUGGAAAAACUUUUAUCAUUCAAGGUUUUGGUAAUGUUGGUUUGCACACAAUGCGUUAUUUACAUCGUGCUGGUGCUGUUUGCAUAGGAGUCCUCGAAAACGAUGGAGCAAUCGUUAACGAGCAGGGCAUCGAUCCAAAGCAACUAGAAGAUUAUCGUAUAGAGGCUGGAACGAUCGUCGGUUUUCCCGGGGCCAAACCAUAUGAGGGAGAAAAUCUUAUGUAUGAGCCUUGCGAUAUAUUUAUUCCUGCUGCAGUAGAAAAAGUCAUUACCAAAGAUAAUGCCGCCCGUAUUCAAGCGAAGAUAAUAGCAGAAGCUGCCAAUGGUCCAACGACCCCAGCUGCCGAUCAAAUACUUAUCGACCGUAAUAUUCUUGUUAUACCAGAUCUUUAUAUUAACGCCGGUGGUGUUACAGUUUCUUUCUUCGAAUGGUUAAAGAAUUUAAAUCAUGUGUCAUAUGGUCGACUCACUUUCAAAUACGAACGGGAAUCCAAUUAUCAUUUACUUGAAUCUGUACAAGAAUCCCUAGAACGUAGGUUUGGAUGUGUUGGUGGUCGUAUACCUAUUACUCCUUCGGAAGCUUUCCAAAAACGUAUUUCCGGUGCAUCCGAGAAAGAUAUUGUACAUUCAGGAUUAGAUUACACAAUGGAACGAUCUGCCAGGGCCAUUAUGAAGACCGCUAUGAAGUUCAAUCUCGGACUUGAUCUAAGGACGGCAGCUUACGUAAACUCAAUCGAAAAGAUAUUUACAACGUACUCUGAGGCUGGUCUCGCUUUUUAAGUACUAGUCAGAAAAAAUUUAUUAAACGUAAUAGGGCGAAUACGAUAAUGGAGUGCUAACAAAAUGUCAUAAACCAGUAUUUCAAAAACUAUUCACAGUUUUGCCACUGGUAAUGUUGACCAUAAGACAAAACGUUCCAUGUACAUUGUUUUAUGCAUCAUUCUUCAAAUGCGCCGCAAUAAUUUGCCUAGUGCAUAUAUAUAUAUAUAUAUAUAUAUAUAUAUAUAUAUAUAUAUAUAUAAAUUAUACUUAAGAGGACUACGUGAUAAUUAUAGAUACAAUUUCGCGAAAUCGCGACCAAUAUAAAAUAAUGUUCACUCAUUUAUCUAAUUGAGGAAAUAUUUAAAACCAGUGCAUUUUUAUAUUUCAAUUUUUAUUCAUCGGUUCUAACGUUUAGGACACCGAUAAAUUUAUAUCAAAGUGAUAUACGAUUGAAUAUUUUCGCGCUUUAAAUUUUGCCAUAUACUAAACUACUGCCGUAUAGUAUAUCCAUUGAGGGUAAAAAUGAAAUUUUUAAAACGUAUUUAUAAAAAAGAAAAGACGUUUUUAAUAAAUCAAGAAAUAUAAUACAUUAUACACUAAUAUUGUCAUAAAUUUUAGGCUGAUGUUAAUAAACACACAAUCAUAAGUGAAUAUAAAUUAGAUAAUUAUAAUGUAAAA